UAUUCGUAGUUUUGGAUUCUCACCCCUUUCUCUCUCAUCAGAUUCUCCUCUUUCCUUUCUAAAUACACUUGCAAGAAGACUCGUUCAGAUCUCACCAAAAUUCUCUCUUAUCAUCUCAGCUCCCAUCAAUGACUAUUGGCUCUGGAGGAUCGAGUAUUGUGGUUCCAAGAAACUUUAGAUUACUAGAGGAGCUCGAACGUGGAGAGAAGGGUAUUGGAGAUGGCACUGUUAGUUAUGGGAUGGAUGAUGGAGAUGACAUAUAUAUGAGAUCUUGGACUGGAACUAUUAUUGGACCUCAUAAUUCGGUGCAUGAAGGUCGCAUAUAUCAGUUGAAGCUGUUCUGCGACAAAGAUUAUCCAGAAAAGCCUCCAAGUGUCCGUUUCCACUCAAGGGUCAACAUGACUUCUGUCAACCACGAAACUGGAGUGGUAGAACCUAAGAAGUUCGGAAUGCUGUCGAAUUGGCAAAGAGACUACACGAUGGAAGACAUACUGACACAGUUGAAGAAAGAGAUGGCUGCACCCCACAACCGGAAACUUGUCCAACCUCCAGAAGGUACAUUCUUUUAGUUGGAGUCGAAGUGGACGAUUAUAUAAGAUAUAUGAUAUAUUAGAUGAAUUAAUAGUAUAGACUGUUUAAUCGCAUAUAUAUAUAUAUAUAUAUAUAUACACCCAAUGUAAUGUUGUUUAUAACAAACACUGUGUUGGGUCCUAGUGAAAGUUAAAAAGGAUCCCUCCUUGGGGCUUGUUUCAGCUUUCCCUAUUUCAUAUUUGAGUGCCCCUUUGUUCUUUUCUUUCUCUCGUGAAACUAUUGCUGAUUGAUCAAUGAAAAUUACACCUAUUAUAAUGUUUCUGUCA